GGUUGUUUGUAGGUAACAGCAGAGACGCGGCGCAGAGACGGAGGACCACACCCACGGAGAUCGUGUCUGAUUCUGAUAUUUUAAUCUAAUCCAGUUGACAUGAGGUGGACAACAGGGGCCUCCCCGCUGCUCCUGGUUCUGGGGCUCCUGCAGAUGAGUCUGGCGGACAAAGACACCAAAGGCUUGACCGGCACAGAGACCAAUGAUGGCGUUUGGGUCAACUCUGUGGCCGUGCGGGUCCUGGGCAGCCGUCUCACCACCGUCUUCCUCCCUAUCAUCUACAUCAUAGUGUUUGCCGUGGGACUCCCCACCAACAUUUUGGCCAUCUGGGUGUUCCUCUUCCGGAGCAAGAAGAAGCACCCGUCGUCCAUCUACAUGGCCAACCUGGCUCUGGCCGACCUGCUUUUCAUCGUCUGGGUCCCCCUGAAAAUUGCGUACCACUUCAACGGCAACAACUGGAUCUACGGCGAGCCGCUGUGCAAGGUGCUGGUGGCAUUUUUCUACGGGAACAUGUACUGCUCCAUCGCCUUCAUCGCCUGCAUCAGUGUCCAGCGCUACUGGGCCGUGGUCCACCCGCUCUCGCAGCGUCAGAGGGACAACCGUCUGGCCAUUUUGGUCUCGAUCACGGUCUGGCUGGUGGUCUGGCUCGUCACCGUCCCUCUGUACCUGUACGAUCAGGAAGUGAGGGUAGCAAACCUGAACAUCCGGACCUGUCACGACGUCACCAGGCCUACUCAGAAAAAGAUGGCAGCUGGGUACUUCCUGACGAUGGGAACGGUGGGGUUCGUCGUUCCCACCGUCGUGUGCAUCAUAUCCUAUGUCCUCAUGCUGAAGGCUCUCAGGAGCAGCAUGGCGGAUCCGUCCAUCGCCAAGAAGCGCAAGAAGGCGGUGGUGUUGAUCAUCACUGUCCUGGUGAUGUUCCUGGUCUGUUUCACGCCCAGUAACAUCAUGCUACUGGUGCACUACCUACUCCUGCUGAAAGGGGCCGACAACAACCUGUACGGCUUUUACAUCACCACCCUGUGCUUGGCCAGUCUGAACAGCUGCCUGGACCCUUUUGUUUACUACUUCAUCUCCGAGGACUUCAGGGAGCACGUGAAGAACACUUUCCUUUGCAGGAGCGAGAGGACGGUGGAGAGGAUGAGGGUGUCCUUCAGCGCCCUGAAAUACUCCAGGAAGACCAGCGCGUAUACAUCUGACACGGGGACCACGCAGAGCAGCUCGUGUUAGACGACCCGCGCUUCACGAUCAAUAAACUCCUCUGCCGGUGCUCGCGGAUGUCAGGUUGACAUCAUCCCACGAAAUGACCUCAAGGAAGGCCUUCACCAGGUUUUUUUUUUUUUGUAAAUAAAUGCAAUCUUUUUUUGCUUAUCAGCACAAUUUUAAUUGUAUGUGUUUUUUUUUUUUUAAUGUAUUAUAUUCUUUAAAUGUAUUUUAGUAGGAUGUGAAUAAUGUGCUUUGGUCAUUUAAGUUUAUUUUUUAUUUUUAUAUGUUUUAUUUCCCGGAUGCUGAGAUCAAAUCUUUGAACUGGCAAGUUUUACGUAUUGAAUUUUAUAAAAUAAAGCAAGAUUGCUUCCACGUGUACAACCAUAUUUCAAAGCUUUAUGUUUUUGUCUCCUGAACGGUAUUUUUGCCACGGUUUUUGUUCAUAUUCAUCUCAUAUUUAAGGGCUCUGGAGACACGUCAUUACUGGUGACGAUCAUUAUUACCCGUGUAUGACGUUAAAACUUGAGGACGUUUCUAGAGCGGCUGGAAAGUCGGCUAAUGACGUCAUAAAAUGUCAACAGCUGCAACAGGAACAGAGUUAAUAGCGUCUGCGUUAAGAGUUUCCCCUCUCUCCACCACCUACUUCAGUCAAGUGCACACUCGUCAAACCUGUUGGUCACGCGCUAAAUCAAUGAAGCUAUUUCAGUCUCAUAAAUACCAUCAUACUGAACUCAACUGGACUGGCUGAUGCUUAGACUUAUUGAUUGGUUCUGGCUGCUGAUCCAUCAAUGGUGAAAAGUCUAUUAUGGUUUGUUUUUCUACUGUUAGUAAAUUCAUUAUAUUCACCAAUCACUCGCCUUCAUUUGGAGAAAAUUCUCUCCUCAAAGCCUCCCGUUACAGAACAUACCAGACUAAAGGCAACAGGGCAGAGCAGAUUUAUGUGAUGACUUAUUCCAACUCAAAACCACCAAAGUGGCUACAGAAUUGAUAAUGAGACCUUGAAUCAGGUUUUAAAAACCUAAAGGUCAUUCACCAAUUGUGAUUGACGGGAGUAUACUAUAUAUACAUAUUCAUAUAUAGUUCAUAAUGAGAUGGUUUUAAACUACCGUAUUUUCUGGACUAUAAGCCGCACCUGCAUAUAACCUGCACCCACUCUAUUUUUUAAAAAACAAUUAAAAAAAGAUAUACAAGCCGCAUCCGCUCUAUUUAAAAAAAGAAAAAAAGAUAUUUAGCCGCAGAUAUUCAUGUUGUUAGAUUAGAUAUUUACUACAUGUACAGAAGGAUUUUGAACUGUAAAAAAUUUACUUGUUUGUACCUAAAUAGAUCCUUUCCUAACAGUGUCUUUUAACACGGCAGCAACUUUGCUGAUUAAAACGGGACAGAACCAAGAGAAAAUAA